AUGGCUGCCAAAGUCGUUCUGGCCACUCUUUUGGCCUUGGCCCCUCUGGGUCUGGCUGUUGAUCCUCCCCGCAAGCCUCAUCAACCUACAGGCGAUGGAGAUCUUCUUCUCACCUUUAACCAGACCAGUCCGAGUGCCAAAAUACGACCAUCCUCAUUAAGUGUCGACUGGUCUUCUGCUGGUGGUGAUGGAAACUACAUCGUCCUCAGCGACGAUGGCGAUCUCGUUCUAGAGGAUAUUCUCUCUGAGAAGACGACAAAAUUUGUCACGGCCGAUAAGCUUCCCAAGGAUCUGCACGAGUACUGGAUUAGCGGUGACGCGAAAAAGGUCCUGGUUGCUUCCAACUACACCAAGCAGUACCGCUACUCUUACUUCGCUGAUUACUUUAUCCUCGAUGUUGAGUCUGGCAAGAGUGAGCCACUUGUUGAGAACCAGGUUGGCGAUAUUCAGUAUGCUCAGUUUGCGCCCAAUGGAGAUUCUGUUGCUUUUGUGCGCGACAAUGAUCUCUUCAUCCGCCGCAGUGAUGGCAAGGUCGAUCAAAUCACUUCCGACGGUGGCCCUGAUAUGUUCAACGGUGUUCCUGACUGGGUCUACGAAGAAGAGAUUUACGGUGGUCGCUCUGCUUUGUGGUGGUCUCCUGAUUCCGAGUUUAUUGCUUUCCUCAGCUUCAACGAGACUGGUGUCGGCACAUUCACUAUUCCUUACUACAUGGACAACCAAAAGGUCGCUCCUACAUACCCUCGUGAGCUGGAUCUUCGUUACCCCAAGGUCGGAUCCAAGAACCCAACUGUGGAGCUCAAUAUCCUUAAAGUUUCCGAGGGCGAGUACAAGCCUGUACCCGUCGAGGCUUUCGAGCCUGAGGAGCUCAUUAUCGGCGAGGUUGCUUGGGUCACCAAGGACCACAGCGCUCUCAUCUUCCGCGCUUUCAACCGUGUUCAGGACCACGAUGCUCACGUUGUUGUCAACCCGGAGACUCUUGAGUCCAGCACUGUUCGUGAGCGCGAUGGCAGUGACGGAUGGUUAGAGCAUACUCUUUCCAUCUCCUUCGUCGGACCCUUGGGUUCUUCCGGAGACGAGACUUACUAUGUUGACGUGAACGACGAGGACGGCUGGAACCACAUCUAUCUCUACCCUGUCAACGGCGGAGAGGCUAUCCAGCUUACUUCUGGCGAGUGGGAGGUCUCCACCAUUCUUCACAUUGACACUGCCAAGAAGCUCGUUUACUUUCAGGCUUCUAAGAGACACUCCACUGAACGACAUGUGUACAAAGUCUCAUGGGUGACCAAGAAGCUUACCCCUCUUGUUGAUGAGUCCGUCCCCGGUUACUGGAGCGCUUCUUUCUCCUCCAGCGGUGGCUACUACAUUCUUCACUACCAGGGCCCCGAUGUUCCCUACCAAGAGCUUUACACUUCCAACUCUACCAGCAAGCCAGUCCGUACUCUUGUCGACAACAAGCAGUUCUACAAGAACCUCACCCAGUACAACCUCCCCAACAUCACCUACUUUGAGCUUGAGCACCCUGAUGGUUACACUCUGAACGUCAUGCAGCAGCUGCCCCCCAACUUCAACUCAUCCGAAAAGUACCCAGUCCUCUUCACUCCCUACGGCGGCCCCAACUCUCAGCGGGUUGUCAAAUCUUUCCAGGCUCUUAACUGGAAGCAGUACAUCUCCUCUGACCCCGAGCUUCAGUAUAUUGUCUACACUGUCGACAACCGUGGAACUGCCAUGCGUGGCCGCAAGUACCGCUCCCUGGUGACUUCUCAGCUCGGAAAGCUUGAGCCUCUUGACCAGAUCUGGGCCGCUGAGCAGCUUGCCUCCAAGUUUGAUUUUAUCAACGCCGAUAAGAUUGGUAUGUGGGGUUGGUCCUACGGUGGUUAUCUCACAGCCAAGACCAUUGAGGCGGACUCUGGUGUCUUUAGCUUCGGUCUCAUCACUGCCCCUGUGUCUGACUGGCGUUUCUACGACUCCAUGUACACUGAGCGUUACAUGAAGACCCUGGAUGAGAACGAGAAGGGAUACCUCGAGACCGCUGUGCACGACGUGUCAGGUUUCAAGAACAUUGCCGGUCAGUUCAGUGUUCUUCACGGCACUGGUGACGAUAACGUGCACUACCAGCACGCGGCUGCCAUGAUUGAUCUUCUUGUUGGAUCCGGUGUGUCACCUGAGAAGAUGAAGAUGUUUGCUUUCACGGAUAGUGACCAUAGUAUCGUGUACAAUGGUGCUUCAGUCUGGAUCUACAAGUAUCUCACUGCUAGAUUGUACGAUGAGGUCAAGAGACAGCCCAAGGCUAAGGCUUUGAGUCACCAGUGGAAUAAGAGACGGGUUGAGAUUAUCGCUUAG